UGCAGCCAUGAAGGUCGAGCUGUGCAGUUUCAGCGGGUACAAGAUCUACCCUGGGCACGGGAGGCGCUACGCCAGGAUCGACGGAAAGGUGUUCCAGUUUCUUAAUGCAAAAUGCGAGUUGGCUUUCCUUUCCAAAAGGAAUCCACGGCAGAUCAAUUGGACUGUCCUUUACAGAAGGAAGCACAAAAAGGGCCAGUCGGAAGAAAUUCAAAAGAAAAGAACCCAACGAGCAGUCAAAUUCCAAAGGGCCAUCACUGGUGCAUCUCUUGCUGAUAUAAUGGCCAAGAGGAAUCAAAAACCUGAAGUUAGAAAGGCUCAACGAGAACAGGCUAUCAGGGCUGCCAAGGAAGCAAAAAAGGCUAAACAAGCAUCUAAAAAGACUGCAAUGGCUGAGCUGCUAGUGGAUCCAAACUUUCAGAGAAGAACUAUCUUUGGAUUAGAAGCAACUCCCUACCAAAUGAGCCACCAGAGUGCCUGA